AUGGACCGCAGCAAAGGCGCGCGUCGCGCCCCCCUCCCCCGCCGCCGGCUGCGCCUCCCCCUGCUCCGCGCCCAGCCCCCCGCCCUCCGCAGCAGCAGCAGCAGCAGCAGCAGCAGCAGCAGCAGCAGCGGAGGACAGCAGCUAAGGGUGGCGGACCUGCGCGCGGAGUCGCUGUGGACGCUGGACUCGGAGGCCCUCGAGUCUUCGCUGCUGCUGCCGCCGGGCGUUCGCCUCGAAAUUGAAUUUCCGACGGAGUUCCAUUCCUUCAUGGAAAUCGACAGAGUCCGCGUGGCCAGCAAGCUCGAGCUCCAGAGGGCCCUCCACAAGCUCACCACCUUCGCCCAGCAGCUCAACAA